CUCAUCGCUCGAAUCGACAGAUAACAAUCAAAGUGGAGUGGGCAAUGAACUUGAAAUUAGCAAAUCCUUUAUGGGUUCCUGUAAAAGCUUUGUUAUGUAGAGCAACCACCCGGAGGAGGAGUCUUUUCACUGCCAUAAACAGUUUAGCCGAAAAGAAGGAUGAGGAUGAGGAGGUUUUGGUAGUUGUUGGUGGCGGAGCAGCUGGAGUUUAUGGAGCCAUUAGGGCUAAGACUCUCUCGCCGGAACUGAGAGUUUUGGUUAUCGAGAAAGGGAGGUUUCUUUCCAAGGUGAAGAUUUCUGGUGGUGGUCGAUGCAAUGUCACCAAUGGGCAUUGCACAGAUACGAUUAGGUUAGCGGAGAAUUAUCCACGUGGUAAUAAAGAGCUUAAGGGUUCUUUCUUUUACACACAUGGACCUGCUGAUACCAUGUCAUGGUUUUCUGAGCGUGGAGUCCCACUAAAGACUGAAGACGAUGGAAGAGUAUUCCCUGUGAGUGAUAAUUCAGCUUCUGUAGUUGAUUGUCUCUUACACGAAGCUACUAUUAGAGGAGUCAGGCUUGAGAGAGGAAAGUCUGUGUUAAGUGCUUCUACUAAACCUGAUGGGAAGUUCCUUGUUAAAGUUGGGAAGCGAACUGCUGACGUUUCUGAAUCUAUCCAAGCUUCAUAUCUUCUUAUUGCUACUGGAAGUAGCCCACAGGGUCACUCCUUAGCCACUCAGUUUGGUCAUUCCAUUGUCGAUCCAGUACCGAGUUUAUUCACUUUUAAGAUCAAUGAUCCGUUGCUUGCUGAGUUAGCAGGAAUUAGUUUCUCCAAAGUCCAAGCCAAACUGAAACUAGAACAUCCACGCUCGGAUAUGUCAAAGCUCGUGCAGGUUGGUCCAAUGCUUGUGACACAUUGGGGACUUAGUGGACCGGUUAUUCUCCGGCUCUCUGCAUGGGGUGCACGCCAUCUCUUUACUUCAGAGUACAAAGGGCUUCUUAGUGUUGACUUCAUACCGGAUAUUAACAUUGAAACUGCUAAAUCUCUACUCAAACAACACAAGCUGCAGUUUUCAAAGAAUAAGGUAUCCAAUACUUUUCCUCCUCAAUUCGGUCUUGUCAAUAGAUUCUGGAGAUACAUUCUAGACCGCGAGGGUUCCUCAAAAGACACUUUGUGGGCUUCCCUGUCAAAUAACUCCUUGAGCUCCAUCUCUGAUCUUCUUAAGCAUUGUACAUUUCAAGUCACUGGAAAGGGUCAAUACAAAGAUGAGUUUGUGACAGCAGGAGGAGUUCCUUUGUCCGAGAUUUCUUUGAAGACAAUGGAGAGCAGAUUGGUUCCUAAUCUUUUCUUUGCAGGAGAGGUACUAAAUGUAGAUGGAGUUACAGGAGGUUUCAAUUUUCAGAAUGCUUGGUCAGGUGGAUAUAUCGCUGGCACCCACAUCGGCAAAUUAGCAAGAUCAAUCUCUGUCUCUUUUUCAAAAGAGGUGUCCACAAAUAAUACCAUGGCCUGCAACAAAGAGAAAAUAAAUGAGUCAGUAUUUAUUAUGAAAACAAGCUAAACAUUAUUUAUUUCACACAUAAAAA